CACAAGCAACGCGAGACCCCCGAGUAUACGUCGAUAUCCUCGCACUGCGCAGUCGAUCGCAGCCUACGAGGGUGCAGACCAUGUCGCCGCAGCACUCCUCGCUGCUUUCCGUCGUGCGCUUCUGCCACAACUCGAAUCCGUGGCAGGAUGCUUCGCUGGCGCCGCUCUUCUCCGGCCCGCCGUCCGAUGCGGCCUCGGUGCAGAUCGGCUUUUUGCCGCCAGACGUCGUCGCGGCCGUGAGGCGGGACACGGACGCAUGUGCGAAGGCCAAGGGUGGGCCGCCAGCCGUGCGCUGGUCCGACGACGGCAAGCAGUUCUGGAUCAACGAGCAGCUCGGCUCGGCGCAGGCGCGCACGGACGCGCUCAAUGCGCUGGCGCAGCACUGGCGUGCCAACAAGACGUUUGCCAACCCGCUUGACGGCUGGCGGGACGAGCUGUACGCCGUGUAUGGGCCGCCCGACCCGGCGUCCUCCUCCGCAGCACGGCCCAGCGCCUUUCUCAACCUCGAGCGAGCCGCCUGUGCUCUGUUUGGCGUCGCCACCUUCGGUGUGCAUGCCACGGCCUACACGCCCGACUACCAGAUCUGGGUGCCGCGUCGUUCAGCGACCAAGUCGACAUGGCCAGGGUAUCUGGACAACAGUGUCGCUGGCGGCAUCACGGCCGGCGACCGGCCGUACGAGUCGAUGGUGCGCGAGUGCGCCGAGGAGGCGGGGCUGGAGGAGACGCUUGUGCGCAGCUGCACCAAGCAAACGGGCGUGAUCAGCUACUUCUACACGACGCCCGAGGGCUGGGUGCAGCCCGAGGUCGAGUUCACAUACGACAUUGCACUGCCCGCCGACGUCGUGCCACGUCCCGUCGACGGCGAGGCCGAGUCGUUUGAGCUGAUGAGCGUCGAGCAGUGCGUGGCGAGCAUGCGGCGCGGCGAGUGGAAGGCCAACAGUGCGCUUGUCCUCAUCGACUUUCUCCUGCGCCACGGCCUGCUCACCUACGAGACGCUCGACUGCGACUUCCUGGCACUGACGUGUGCGCUGCACGCCGACCUCGGCCUGCCUGGCUGCUAGGCGAAUGUCACACCUCACGCUGCAUCGGCAGAUUGCCUGACGGUGACGCUACGGGGCCCCGUCCUGCACCGUACGUCGAGCGUGGAGCGCGGUAGAACGCCGCACCUGCCCUUGUCAGCCGACAGUCUCAUGCGGUCGAAGCAGCGGCUGUGGCUGCGUGAGCAAUGCUGACUGCUGCG